AGGAGGGAGACGGCGCAAGAUGGCGGCGGCGGGAGGGGCCCGGGCUGCGGCUGUGGUCCUUGAGUGAGGGGCGGGGGGGCCUGGGGGCGCGCGGCCCGAAACCCCCCCGGCCGCCCUUUCUCUUUCUCUGUACCUGUGGCUGGGGGGGGGAGUGCCCCCUUCCCUAUGUUCUUUCUUGCAAUGGAGCCAACCCCUCUUUCUCCCCAGGGGGCCUCUCUGUCCCAGCCUAUGUCGCUGGCACCACCCCCACUGCCACUACCAGCAGCUGCUGUGGUACAUGUGUCCUUCCCUGAAGUGACCAGUGCACUGCUAGAGUCCCUUAACCAGCAGCGGCUACAAGGGCAGCUUUGUGAUGUGUCGAUCCGAGUGCAGGGCCGUGAAUUCCGGGCUCACCGGGCUGUUUUGGCUGCCUCUUCCCCUUAUUUCCAUGAUCAAGUCUUGCUCAAGGGCAUGACUUCAAUCUCACUGCCCAGCGUCAUGGACCCUGGAGCCUUUGAAACUGUUCUAGCCUCUGCCUAUACAGGCCGGCUUAGCAUGGCUGCCGCAGACAUUGUCAACUUUCUCACUGUUGGCUCCGUGCUCCAGAUGUGGCAUAUUGUGGACAAGUGCACAGAGCUCCUUCGAGAAGGCCGGGCCUCUGCCGCCGCUGCCACCACCAUGGCCACUACAGCAGCCAUUGCCUCUGGGGCAGGAGCCCCAACAGGAGGUGCAGGAGCAGGACCAACUACCACAGCAACAGGCUCUGGCCGCCCUCAUUCGUCCAGUAGAGCUAGCGAGAAUCAGUCCCCUAGCAGCAGCAACUACUUCAGCCCCCGAGACUCUGCUGAUUUCGCAUCUUCCUCUCAUGAUGCAUAUUCAACUUCUUCUAUGGGGGGAGGAGAAAGACGAAGUGGAGGAGGCCCUCUGUUCCCUACUUCGGUGGUGGGCAGCAGGGGUGGCCCUUCUGGAAAGCUAUUGCUAGAGGCAGAUGAGCUGAGUGAUGACGGAGUGGAUGGAGUUGGGAUGGUAGUUCCUGGGGCUGGGCUACAGCGGCCUACCUAUGUGCCCCCUAGCAUUGUGCCUCAGAAACACUGGGUAUAUGUUAAACGUGGGGGAGGCUACUCUACUUCAGCUCCUCUUACCUCUCAAGACCCAGACUUGGAUGAAGAGGAUGAGGAGGAAGAUUUGGUACUGACAUGUGAGGAUGAUGAGGAUGAGGAGCUAGGUGGAGCUUCAGGGGGCCCACCAGGUAGGAGUUCUGACCCUGGCCUAAGUAUUACCGAUGUACGGACACUGACUGGUCCCCCAGACAAAGGUGAGGAACAAGUGAAUUUUUGUGAAUCAUCUGAAGACUUCAGCCCUUAUGAAUCUGGGACAGCUGGGCCAGGGCUGGAUGACCCUGGAGGACCAACUCCUUCCUUUGUCUCCCACCAACCCCGUCCUUUGUUGCCCCUGGACAUGCAGGGCAAUCAAAUCUUAGUUUUUCCCUCCUCUUCUCAGGCUUCCACUCAGCUCCCUGGAAACCAAGAUGAACACGGAGCAGUGCCCUUGGGAAGGACUGGAGGGGGCAACUUGGGAGUGUCUGGAAGUAGUGGGGGUGGUUCUGGGGGAAGUGGUGGUGGGGAUGGGAACAAGAUCUUCCUUUGUCACUGUGGGAAAGCUUUUUCACACAAGAGCAUGCGUGAUCGGCAUGUUAAUAUGCAUCUGAAUCUUCGCCCCUUUGACUGUCCAGUGUGUAACAAAAAAUUCAAGAUGAAACACCAUCUGACAGAGCACAUGAAAACUCACACAGGCCUCAAACCUUAUGAGUGCAGUGUGUGCGCGAAGAAAUUCAUGUGGAGGGACAGCUUCAUGCGACACCGAGGACAUUGUGAACGGAGACAUCGCUUGGGUGGAGGGGGACCCACAGGAAUUAUGGGGCUGCCCAAGAGAGAGCCUCCCGGGGGUGGCAGUGGAGACGAAGUAGGAGAGUCCAACAGGAGAAUCUGGUCCCCGCCAGGAGCACACAAAGUAGAGAUAGGUUUCAAUGGCAGUGGAGGUGGACAUUAAGGAACUAUUCCUUCAUGACUGAAUUCAAGAACUGGAGAAAGCAGUUGAUGAGUAAUUCCCAUAAUACUCUUGUUAGGUUGACGCCCCUAGAAAGGAAGAGUAGGGGCAUAGGCCAAGAGCUUGAGUCCUCCAAAAAUUCUUGGAUGGGAGCGGGGCGGGGAGGAGAUCUAAGACUAUGUACUCCUGGUAAUAGGCUUUCUCCUCUAUGGAUUUGUAUAUAAAGAAGGAAAUUCAUGACAGUUCUCUUCCCUCCCCCCACAUUAACCCCAUUCCAUUCCCCAACAUUUGGAAAAUUCUGGAACUGUGAGCCUUCUACUUUUCCCUUCACUAGUGGGAAUAAGUAGAUAAAUAACUCAAGACUCAGCCCCCCAGGUUAUCAUCUACCUGGAGAAGAGUGUGCAUGGGUAGGGGUAUGUCCAGAAUCCCCAAGGAUUACAGGGCAGGUAGUCCCAUUUGUAGUUUGUGCUUGGAAUCUGUGUGUGUCACUAUGGUGAC